CUGGCAGAAUCCACUUCCUUGCAUCCAGACGACGACAAUAACCACCACAACGUCCAUAGAACACAACCCCAAAGAAAGGGGUAUAUAAAGGCCACAUUCCCCAGCCUAUCUUCCCUUCACUCCAUAACCAAUCGUCCUUCCCAAGCCCUGACCAAACAAAACCUCCCAACAAAUUAAAAUGAAGCUCACAGCCAUCCUCCUCCCUCUCAUCUCCACGGCCACGGCCACGACAACCUGCUACUCGGGCGCGCCGACCAGCGAGGGCACCAACUGCCUGUCGAAGCUCUCGAUCAAGAACUUCUGGUCGCUGCAGUACUGCAACUACCGGUGGAACGUCAACUACGGGGACUGGGACAAGUGGAUCAGCAACAACGCCAGCCACGUGGAGCGCGGCCGGGUGGCCAAGACGGGGGUGUUCGGGGGCAUGGAGGAGUGCCUGGAUGCGUUCAAGGAGGUCGUCGAGCCGUGCUACGACACCGCGCAGGGGGCGUACCUGACGACGGCGAAUGUGAGCCUGGAGGUGAAUUGGUGUCAGUGGUGAUUCCCCUCCUCUCUCUAUCAGGGGAGACUUGGGAGUGAAGGGGGAAAUUAGGGAUUGUGGGGGUGUUGAUGUGAUGAGAUUGCAGGAAAGGUUUAUGUUGAUUGUUGAUACACGAGAGGACGGGGAUAUAGUUAUGUUAUGAAGGUCAUGAAGCUUGAUGUGAUGCAGCAUACAAGAAC